CACCCCACGUGCGUUCACGUGUCAGACCACUCCUUUUAGAAAUUAGCAUGGCGUCUUGUAGCUCAGCUGGAGUUGAUGAAGAUCAGUUGGGAGAAGGAGAUGUGGUUCAGAAACCGUCAAAAAUACCAAAGACUUCGAUAUGGGACACAACUGACGAAGAGUCCAUUCAAUCACAGUUAAUAAUGAGUGUCCUGUACAAUGGUGGCUGCUUGGGUCUGUCCUAUUAUGACACUGAGUCUGGCCAGUUGUGUAUAAUGCUGGAUGUAGCUGAAACUAAAGACUAUGAGAUCCUUAAACGAGUUAUAAUGCAAGUGGAGCCAAGCAUUGUAUUAUCUAGCUCUAAACAAAACGAAAACAUGCAACAGAUACUGAAAGACUGUUCUAGUCCUGAGGGAGAUACUGGUAGUAUAUUUGCUUGUAGUAUUUCAGUUGAAGUUCUUCCAAGUGUUGAGUUUAGUAAGUAA